AUGAGUUUUAAAAAAUCCAAAAAUGACUACGCUCUCUUCACAUGGAAUAAUGGAGCUUCCUUCAUCAGUCUCAUAAUAUAUAGGGAUGACAUCCUCAUCACUGGAAAUGAUGAAAGGGCUAUUGUGGCACUAAAAGAACAUUUGAAUAAAAGCUUCCACAUCAAAGAUCUAGGAACACCUAAGUUCUUUCUUGGGAUUGACAUUGCAAGAUCACCAACAAGCAUUUCCCUAAGUCAACGAAAAUACGCUUUAGAACUAAUCUUUGAUUUUGGGUUGUCAACAUGCAAACCUAGUGUUGUUCCCAUAGAACAAAAUAUCGAAGUCACAAUCAUAGAACAUGAGACUGAAAGACAAUCACCAGAAGAAGAUCCCCCUCUACAAGAUCAUACAAGUUAUCAAAGGUUGGUAGGGCAUCUUAUUUAUCUUACAAUGACUCAGUCAGAUAUAAGUUAUGCGGUACAGAUUCUCAAUCAGUUCAUGCAGGCACCAAAACAAUCCCACAUGGAUGCUGCCAUCAAAGUAGUAAAAUAUUUGAAAGGAUGUCCUGGUGUGGGAUUACUACUUCCUCAAAAAGGAAAGAUGGAGAUUUCCGCUUAUUGUGACUCAGAUUGGGGAUCAUGUCCAAUGACAAGGAGAUCAUUAACAGGUUUCUGUAUUAAGCUUGGAAGCAGUCUUAUUUCUUGGAAAGCAAAGAAGCAAGCCACAGUGUCAUUAUCAUCCACAGAAGCUGAAUAUAGGGUCAUGGCUAACACCACAUGUGAAAUUAUCUAG